AUGCUCAUUUUUUGUUUGUCUUUCUUCACGUCGCUAGAGGACGACGACUGCGAAGUGACAGGAGUAGCUGCUGAGCUGUUGGAGGCGGGCUUUUCAAAACCGAACUCUUUCUUGAAGAGAUCUUUCUUUGGAGGCGGAACUGGAAGCGAGGCAAGUGGGGGCAGGCUUGGCAAAUGGUGUCCACUGUUGUUUGCAUUAGUGAAGAGCUGGGGAGACGACAUUCCCGAGCUUGACAUACGAGGUGCCAGCGAGGGACUUUUGAACUGUGGGCCACCGUUACCAGCAACCUCCAUAUUGGCGAACAUUGAGGAGCGGCGCGAGUUGAUCGAGGUUCCGUCGCUCAGAUGA